UGCGGCGUUUGGACUUUGCGCGGUAACUGCGAACGACUUGCAAAAGCAUAGAUAGGCCCCAUAGGCAGCAUGUUGCCAGGAAGUAGAUAUGCGCUGGCGUGCGGCCCGCUGGCGUGCUCUUUGCUUGCCAUCGCUGGACUUGUGUUCGUCCUGCUCUGGGCGCGAACGCCGUUGCGAGCCGAAUACGUGGCGGUUAUCGACUGUGGUAGCUCAGGAACUCGUGUCUACGUGUUCACCUGGAAGUACAAGCCGUCGCGGCCUCACUUGCCUCACAUAGAAGUCAUACCGCCCUCAGCGGCAGCGGACCUGGUGCCCAAGAAGCCAGGCAUAAGCUCCUACAACCGGGUGGAGACGCUGCCGGGGCUUGACGCCUUUGCCGACCGGCCGCCCGGCGACCUGGAGGGCGCGGCGCUGGGGCCACUGCUGGACUGGGCGCGGGCGGUGGUGCCGGUGCGGCAGCUGCCGGCGGUGCCCAUCUUCCUGUUCGCCACGGCGGGCGUGCGGCGCAUGCAACCCGACAAGCAGAGGCUGCUAAUGCAGCGCACCCGCGGUGUGCUGCGGGACUCGGGCUUCAGGUUCGAGGACUCGUGGGCGCGCAUCAUCAGCGGCACGGAUGAGGGCGUGUACGGCUGGAUUGCACUCAACUACCUGCGUGGAUCCUUCGACUCGCCCACGGGACACGCCGCCGCCGCCGCCGCCAUUGAGUCCGCGCUGCGGCAGGGGCAGCACGUGGAGGAGCAGCGGCGAGGGCUGGCGGAGAGCGCGGGCGGCGGCGCGCUUGGGCGCCGGGGAGGAGGGGGCGGAGGCGCAGGAGGAGGUGGAGGAGGGGAGCAGGCGGCGGGCGGCGCGGAUGCGGAUGCGGCGGGCACAGCAGUGGUCUCGGCGCGUGAUGCCGGGGCAGGGGCGGCGGCUGGUGGCAGUGCUGCGGGUGCCGGUGUGACGGUUGGGUCGCUUGACUUGGGCGGCUCAUCGCUGGAGAUGGUAUACUGCUCCAGUGUAGUGCCACGGGAGUUGUGGCAGCGCGAGCAGCGCAAGCGGGAGCUCGUGCGGCCGCAUAGAGGCGGCGGCGGCGGCGGCGGCGGCGGCAGUAGCAGCAGCAGCAGCAGCGGCGGUGGAGCUGCGGCGUCUGGCGGCGGCGGCGCCACUAGCGGUAGCAACCACGGUGGCACAGCGGGCGCGGACACGGCAGGGGCAGGGCAGCUCACGGGAGGGCAUGCUGCGACGGUGGACUCGCUUGGCGGACGCAGCUACCGGGGGCAGGUGCAGCUGCGCCGCCUGGCGCAGGAGCGGCGGGAGGUAGUGGCGGCGGCUGAGAAGGAGGUGGCGGCGGAGGAGGACGAGUUGGAGCAGGAAGUGGCAUCAGCAGCGCAGGAGGCGGGGCAGAAGCGACCGGGCCAGGCCCGGGAGGGGCAGGAGCACGAGCAGGAGGGGCAGGCGCGGCGGGGGGUGCGUGGAGACGGCGGCGAGGCGCAGGGCGGGGCGGCUGAUGGGCGCGCGGGCGGGGCGGAGGCGGGGGCGGACGGCGCCGCUGCUGGGGCGGAAGGCGGGCGGAGGGACACGGUCACGGCCACGGACACACACCUAGAGCGGGACCAGGGGCUGCGGCGCAAGCGCCAGGAGCAGGGGCAGCACGAGCGCGAGGAGGGCCGCGGUGGGCGCCACGAGGUGCGGAGGUACCGGGGCGAGGUGGCGGGCGCUCACACCGCCGCCGGCGCCGCUGCAGUGGCCGUGGGCAUUGCCGCGGCGCGCGCGAGCGGCGAAGUGGCGGCAGGCAGCGGGGCGGCUGCGGCCGGUGGUGGUGGCGGCGGCGGCGGGGGGAGUGGCGGCGGCGGCGGGAGUGGCGGUGGCGGCGGCGGGCGACUGCUGGUGCUGGGGGCGCACGCGUACCAGCUGCGCACGCACACGUUUCAGAAGUACGGCCUGAACGACGCCUUCGACCGCUCCGUCAGCCUGCUGCUCAAGGACGUGCUGGCGCCGCCGCCGCCUCCCAGCCCUCAACAGCAGCUGGGUGCUGGCGGCGCGGGCGGCGGCCUCGGGGCGGCGGGCGCGGAGGCGACAGAUGACUCGUUGGACGUGCUGCAGCGGGAGUUUGCGACCAAGCCGCAGCGGCCAGCCCUGCUGCGGCAAGGUGACCUGCACCCGCCGCCGCCGCCCUUGGCUCCCACGGAACAACAACAGCAGCAGCAGCAGCAGCAGCAGCAGCAGGUGGAGGGCAACAGCACCGCGGCAGUGGACAGACGUAGCGAUUUGAGCACCGCAGCACUUGCUGGCAUUAGCAGUAGUGGUGACAACCCUACGGUAGCGGCACUUGCGCACGCGGCCUCGGCAUCCAGCUCCAACAGCAGCAGCAGCGGCGCUGCCGCUGCACCAGCGCAGCAGGGCGCGGGGGCGGCGGUGGGCACGGAUGCUGCGGCGGAAGCCGCCCAGGCGCAGCUGGCGGGGGCGGCAGCCAAGCAGAGCGCAGGUGAGGCCGCUGCCGCCUCGGUCGGCACGGAGUUGCAGGCUUCGAGCGGCGCAGCGGCGGGGGCGGGCACUGGAGAUGCUGGCGGUCAAGGUCACACGGCCAGCGGUGUGUCUGUUGGUGGCGACGCAGCGGUGGCGGUAGCAAUGGGUGGGGAACUCACCGCGCAGGCCGCGGCAGCGGCGACCGGCGCCGGAGGCGCAGGCGCAGCUGCAGGCGCAGCUGCAGGCGCAGCUGGAGGCGCAGCUGGCGGUGCAGCUGCAGGCGCAGGUGCGACAGCAGGUGGCGCGGGCGGCGCGGCGGCCAAGCUGCGCAGCCAGGCUGCUGUGUUGGAGCAGCAGAAGCGCGACUCGGAGCGCAUCAUCCAGCUGGUCAAGGAGCAGCUGGCCAUGGCGGCGGCGCAGGGGCACGCGGUGAACGGCUCUGCCGUGAGCGCCUCCGCCGGCACUGCAGCUGCGGCGGGAGGGGGUGCGGCGGGAGGCGGUGGGGCGGGAGGCGGUGCCGGGGCCGCGUCAGCCAGCACGGCGGCAGGGGCGGCGACGGCGGCGGAAGCCAUGGCUGGGGCCACGAGCGCUGACGCGGCCGCGGCAGCUGCGGGCCGGGCGGCUCAGGUGGCUGCCGCGGUGUCGGGCGGUGGGGCGAGCCAACACGAGUCCGACCAGGGGGCUGCUGCGGACUCCGCUGCAGCCGGGGCGGCCGCCCGCAGCGCCGAUGGCUCUGACGGCGGUUCGGGGUCGGGCUCCAGCGCCGCCUCGGCCCUCCGCCGGCUGCUCAGUCGGCUGUCGGUGGGGUUUGUGGAGAGCGUGGCGCCCAAGCGGCGUGCCGUGGACCGCUCCGGCUUGGCGCUGCCUAUCCGCCGGCACAGCAGGCUGCAAGACGGCGCGGCGGGAGGCGGCGCCGCUGCGGACGGCGUGGCGGCGGCGGCGACGGCGGCGGAGGUAGGAGGCAGCUCGCAUGGCAGUGCAGGUGCUGGUGGGGACACGGCAGGAGCGGCGGCGGCAGGGCUUGGUGUGACUCACACAGACGCGGACUCAGAUGCGGGGCUGGCAGCAGCAGCCAAGCUGGGUCUGGCGGCGGCCGCAGCCGCAGCCACUGCGGCAGGCAUGGGUGCAGCGGCGGGGGCCACGGCAGGCGUGGCAGCUGCGGGCGGGGGCGGGGCGGGGGCUGCUGGUGGCGGCCACCGGGGCGGGGUGGUGGUGGUGGGGCGGGACGACGACGACGUGACAGGCCGCUGGUCGGGGCUGGUGGUCCGACACCCCUGCAUGCACGAAGGCUUCUCGCGGCCCUACAAGCGAGUACACCACUACGGGCUGGCGCCCGGCACUGCCACCCUGCAGCUGGUGGGCGCGCCCGACUGGGCCGCCUGCCUGGCGCUGGUGGGGCGCACCGUGAACGCCUCGGCCGAGUGCGGCGGCGCGGGCCACUGCAUCCUGGGCUGGGCGCAGCCGCCGCUGCAGGGCCGCUUCGUGGUGCUGACCGGCUUCUACGUGGUGUGGAAGUUCUUCGGCCUCAGCGCCGGCGACAGCCCCGGCGCCGUGCUGGCGGCGGCGCAGGCGCACUGCGGCCGGCCCUGGCGCCGGGUGGACUCGGAGCUGGGCCACCACAUCAACGUGGAGAAGUACUGCCUGUGGGGGCCGUACGUGGGACACCUGCUGUCCGCGGGGCUGGGCCUCAGCCACAGCCAGUUCGAAGUGGGCUCGGGCGACGUUGGGUGGCCCGUCGGUGCGGCGCUGGCGGAGGCUCUGCGGCUGCCGGGCAUGGGCCCGCAGCCGCCGCUGCUGCUGCGGCUGGCGGCGCGGCUGCUGCCAGAGAGCUGGGUGCCGAGCUCGGCCGCUGCGACCGCGUCCGUGUCUGCGGUGGCACAGGCGCCUGCCGGCGGCGGCGGGCUGGGCUCCGACGGCGGCGCGUUGCUGGGCAACAGCGGCGGCGGCGGCAUGAAGGAGCUCGGGGACGCCGCCUCUGGGUCAGCAGCUAGCGGUGGUAGCGGCUCGGAGUUUGGGCCUGACGACGAUGACGGCGACGCUACGGCGUGGCGAGAGGGCAGCCUAGGACUGGGCCUGGGGCUGGGCCUGACGCUGGCGUGGGCGGCGUUCCUGGUCAUGUCCGGGGCCUGGGUGUGUUUGUACACGGUGGCCAGGGCCUGGUGGGCACGGCCUGUGGGAGCCGGCAGCGCGGCCGGGCUGGGCAGGGGAGGCGCGGGGGCAGGGGGCGCGGGCCCGGGCGGGCCGCUGGGGUACGUGCCGGCGGCGUUGCUUGCGGCGCUGGGGUUACAGUCUGCGCCCAGCCGCAUAGGCGGCCGGCGGCUGCUGCCCAGCCGCGCGUGAGCAAGCGGCGCUGAAUUCCUAGUACAGGCAAGAGCAGAGGGUGAUAAGAAGCAAGUUCCCGUUUGUAAUGGCUGUGAUCGCGUGUGAGCAGGCGCUGGACAGCGGUGUGUGCUGGUGCAGGCUGAGUGUGUGUGUGUGUGUGUGUGUGUGUGUGUGUGAUGGCUGAGUGUGUUACUGAGAGUGAAGGGGCUGGACCGUGAGCGUGGAGGUUUUCAGGCGGGGCACGUGAGGGGCAGGCCGCGUGUGGGGAUGCAGGGGCGCUGUCGUAGCACUGGGGGAGGACCCGCAGGGACCGCGCAGGAAUACCGCGUCUUGUGCUGGAAGGUGCGCCCCACUUCAGCCUGCACGGACAGGCGGCGCACCCAAGGCUGCAUGGGGUGUGCAACUGCGCAUCGCCCAUGUAAGAGCUGGACAAG